AUGCAAGUCAAAAUCCCAGAUGAGCAGUCUCCUUUGCUCAAAGACACGGAAUGCCAGAAGCCCCAGCCACAAGGGAUUACAAAGCUUCUAGCUGGGCUAGUUGGCGUUUUCCUGGCCAGUGCAGACAAAUAUGUCCUGCUAACGACUCAAACCAAAAUUGCGCUUUCGCUGCAGUCUCCAUCUAGCGCGUCAUUGUUGUUGGUGUCAUACAAUCUCGGUUACUGCGUUGCGCUUCCCGUGUAUGGUUUCCUGAGUCAUCUACACGGCAGUCGCAAGUUUCUCUUGAUUUCCUAUGCUCUGUUCGCCAUUGGAUGCGCUAUAUCCGGCUCUGUCGACUCAUUAUGGCCAUUUGUUUUUGGUCGAUUCUUGUCAGGUAUAGGGGGUGCUGGAAUGACCGAUCUGCUCUUUGUACUUAUCAAUGAGGUUUACGACAUCUCGGAAAUUGCGUCGGUGCGAAGCUACAUCAUGGCUGCUGAGAUCUUUGGUCAGGGUUGUGGAGGACCAAUUGGGGGCCUCAUUACUGACACCAUUGGCUGGAGGUGGGCCUUACUCGGUCAAGCACCAAUCGGUUUUCUCUGUUUGAUCCUAGCCUAUUUCCAACUUCCGCAAGAGUCUAAGAAGCACGAUGUGAAGCCUGGGCUGGAUUUAUGGAGCUUCGAUUAUUUGGGACUUGGGGCUUUCGUCAUUUCAGCUACUUCAUUCGUUUUGGGGACGACCAACGGGAGCCCGAUCCUAGAUGGCAACAAGCCUGCUCUAUUUACAAUAUCGGCCAUCUUUUUAGGAAUCCUGUUCUGUAUCGAGAAAGUGACGCCCAGACCCAUGAUCCCUUCUUCUAUUAUCACGGCGCCGGGUCUACGGCAUAUUUUCCUGGGACAGUUUACGUUCUUCGUAUUUGUUAGCACAGUGAGUGGAGGUUCUGUCCCGAGAAGCAGCGGUGAUCUUGACGGAGUCCCAGUUAACACAGCGCAGUUUCUGACCAAUCUUCCGCCCUACCUGUCCCAAAUCGACCACCUCAACAGCUCAGAGAUUGCUCUCCGCAUCUGGCCAUCCUGCAUCGGCUUGGUUAUUGGCACUAUGAUAGCGGGGAAAGCCAUGAGGACAACUAUCAAAUAUCGCCAAUUGUCCCUCAUCGGAAUCGGAAUUGCUGUCGCAUCGCUGAUUGUGAUUAUCAUACGGUGGAACGACGGCAUUCAAGGAGUCGAGGUGUAUUACGGUUUGCCCAUGUCGGUGGGAUGUGGAAUCUUCCUCUCAGCCCAAUUUCUUGCGUUGACCGUUCGGUCUGCGGAGCAAUUCGCCAAUGCCACAGCAAUUUAUUGCCUGGUACAGCAGAUUAGUCAGAUUGUGGGUACCAGUGGUAGUACCGCGGCUCUCCAUCAACUCUUUCGCCUUCGACUAAAUGCCAACCUGGAUGGCACUGCCCUAUCUGAUAAGGCAAAGAUCAUCCAUGAAAUUCUCCAAAACUAUGGAGCCAUUGCAAGGUUACCUGAAAUCAUGCAAAAAGUUGUACAAUUAAGCUACAUUGAGGCUUUCCGUUUGGUUCCAGCACUAUCGACGAUCCUCACAAUAAUUACCGGAGUCUUCGCUCUAUUCACAUAG